AUGCAGCCGGGGCAAAAAAUGAAGCCGUCCGGGAGGAGACAAUCGCGGCCUGGGCCGGAGGCACCCGCUCCCGGCCCUGUGCGCCUCGGGGCCGCGGUGGACGCCAUCGUGGGACAUCUGCGCAGGCUGGUGCUGCUGCAGGCGUGGGCUAAGUGGCAACCCAAGCUGACCCAGCGCUUGAGACUCGAAGGGAGGGGCGGCGAGCUCGGACACGGAGCUGCCUGCGAGGAGGAGGAGGAAGACGACGGUGACGACGAAGCCGAAGGCCGGCAGAGUGCGCCGGGGUCUGAUGGCGAGACGCUAGCUCGUGCCAGCGGCGGCGGAGACCAAGAGGGAGUGCCUGGUGCUGGAGUACGAGGGCGGGCACGCUUGCGGCCGACAGGGAGGAGGAUUGGAGCGCUGACGGCGUCUUCUAGGAGUACAGCUCUCGGGGGGAGUGGGGGCGUCGUGAGGUGUCGUUCCUCGCCGGCAGGAACCAGCAGGGGCCUCAAUGCUGAUCGCGAGGCUUUUCGAAGUAGCGGUGGCAGCGCGAGGCGGGCCGCCGGCGGUGGCGUGGCGGGAGCAAUGGCGGCGGAGACUCAGCAAGGGGACGGGGAGUGCGGAACCGCCAGUAGAGGCCUGCAGAAGCAGCACAAGCAACUGCAUGCUGGCGAUGCGCACGGAGAGACACGACCAAACGGCCGAAGCAGCAACACUCACACGGCAGCAAGACAUAGUUGCACAACCCCCACCAGCGGUAUCGCCGCCGCCGCCACCGGCGGUGACGGGACCAGCAUGCUGACGAUGCAGACGUGCUUCAGGCAGGAGCGGGAGUCGUUCAUCCGGGACCUGCAAGUGCUUCACCGGCAGCUCGACGCCAAGGACCGCGACCAUGCCCGGCGAGACGCGGAGAGCCAGGCCGCCUUCUCGCGGGUGAGGGCCGAGGCGCGCGCCGCGAGGGAGCGGGCCGCGUCGCUCCGGAAGGAGACGGAGGCGGCGGCGCAGGCGCAGGCGGUGGCGGAGGCGCGGGUCGGGGUCGCUGCGGAGGAGCUGGACAGGCAGGCGGCGGCGGCGGAGACCCUUCGCGCACGUCUGCGCCACGCCGAGCGGCUGCACAAGGAGCAGAUGGAGGUCGAGCACAGGCAGCAGAAGGCGGCGGCGGAGGAGGCAAGCGCCGAGCGGAGGCGUCUGGAGUCGUCCGCAUUGACGGCGAGGAAAAGCCUUUCAGACGCCCGCCGCGACUGGGCCGCGGAGAAGGACACGCUCAUCGCCGCCGUGAGGGAGGCCGGCCAGCGGGCCGACCUCGCCCUGGCGGAGGGCUCCGAGGCCAAGUCCCGCGCCGCCCUCCUGGAGGAGAGGCUCCAGCAGACACUGGAGCGCGAGGCCGCCCUCAACGCGGAGGUGGAGAGCCUCGCCGGCUCGGCGAGGGACGGGGAGCGAAGGGUGGCGCGGGCGGUGGCGGACGCCGCGAGGGCCAGGGCGGCGGCCGCGGCGCAGGUGGGGCCCGGGCGGGGGGAGGAAGCGUAUUUGGAGAGCGUGAAGGGCCUCGAGGAGAGAGCCUCUCGCGCGGAGAUGAUGCAACAUGGGGAGAGAGCCACGCGCGAGGAUCUGCAAGCCCUGCUGGAGGAGGCACGGCAGAAUUCGCUCUCGGCCUCGAGCGACGCCCAGAGAGACCUCUCAGCGGCGAAUGUACGGGCGGUAGACCUCGGGCAGGAGGUCGCCGCCGCUAGGGCCGAAGCGGAGUCGUUCCGGCGGCGGGCGGAGGCGGCGGAGGCCCGGGCGGGGUUGGCGGGGGCGUCGGCCGGCGACGCGGGCGCCCGGCUCGAGGAGGCGCUGUCCGAGAGCCGCCGCUUGGCCGCGGCGAGCGCAGAGGAGAGGGAGGCGCUGGACAGGCAGUGGCGGCGGCGGGAGGAAGAGUGGAGGCUCGCCCUGGAGCGCGCGAGGAGGGAGGGGGGAGGUGGCAGCCGUACCGUUGAAGACGAGGCGACGAGGAGGAGCGCGGCGGGCGACGGCGGCAGCGUGUUGUUGUUGGCGGAGGUGGAACAGUUACGGGAGGCCGUGAACCGUCUCUCGAGGGAUAAGGAACGGCUGCUGGACCGACUGCUGUCUUCGGGGUCGUCGUCGUCUGAGGUGGUCGCCGAGGACGCGAGCGCCGCGGGAGGAGGCUCAAGCGACCACGAAGACCGCCGCUGCCACCGCCGCUGCCACCGCCGCUGCCGCCGCCGCCGCCCCCGACCAGGCGGACCGCCCAACGAAUGGAGGGAAGGCGAACGCUGCUCUCUCGGCAGGGGAGGCACGCGCCAACGCGGGCGGGGUCGAGCGGCAGACGGAGACGGGGAGAUCGACCGAGGAGGCGAACGCGCAGACGCCGGGCGGGAGGAGGGGGAGGAGGGGGAGGAGGGGGAGGACGGGCGAGCGGCGAGGGGGGUGGCACGCUCUUUCGUCACGGAGGCCGAAAAGAGGCACAACCAGCGCGGCGGUAACGUCAACGGGGGGCCUUCCUCAGGCGAACGAUCGAGAGACGACGAGGACGAGGAGAGACGGCGAGCGGAAGAAGAGGAGGAGGAGGACGAGGAGCUGCUGAUGCCCAGGGGAGGGCCGGCGCCCACCCCUUCGCGCCUCACUCCACGCAGCGGUGCUGUCAGCCUGGGGAGCGGCGGCGGGGGGCCGGGAAGAUGGGUUGCCGCCAGGACGUCCUUAGCCCGUGAGCGAAGCCUGAGACGGCGGGAGCACGAGAGCCUUCUCGGCCUCCUCCGAAGGGAGAACGUCGUCGUCGUCAACCAUCGCCACCGUCCAGACGCCGCCGCCGCCGCCGCCGCCUCAACGCCGGUUUUCGGCACAGGUGACGGCUGCCCGGCGGCACAGCGGCGGCGGCGGUGGCGGCACCACAAUGCCGAGGAGUUCGGGGAGGAGGAACUGCGGGCGGAAGACCUGGAUCCGGAAGAACACCGUGACAACGACGAGGAUGACGGCACCGUUGAUGGGGGAGGGGGACAAGAAGCCGCUGCAGCCCCGCUGUCGUGGGGGGCGUGGAGCGACGCUCUCUCGGCCAUCGAGGCCCUCUUGCGGUCUAGUAGGCAGGGAGAUGGUGGUUGUCAGGUUGGCGAUGGCUCUGAGGGUGGCGGCGAUGCCGGGGACCACCGCGGCGGAGGGGGUCCUCGUGGUCGGCGACGAAGGCACCGGGGAGAAUGGCGGUCGUCGUCGUCGUCGCCACCGCCGCCGACCGGUACCGGUGCCGGUGUCUGCGACGGGAAAUCCGCUGACGGUGGCGUCGAUGAUCAUCAUCGAAGCCGAAGGCGUGGCGAUUGCGCGAGUCGUGGUGCGUGUGGAGACGAUGGCGAGGAGGAGGAGGACUACUCUUCCGGCUCCUCCGCCAAAUCGACGCCGUCGUCGUCGUCGGCACCGGUGCCGUCCGAAGAUGGGUGCGACGACGAUGACGACACCUACUCCCGGCCUCCAUCAGUCGAAACCCUCGCCCUCGGCGGCCGCCGGAGCCCGUCUUCGCUGUCGGGCGACAACCACCAAGAGCGCUCUGGGAGGCGUCGUCGUCGUCGUCGUCGUUUGUCGUCGUCGUCAUCGGAGUCCUCCGAUGAGACGGCGGCGGCAGCCGCGGCAGCGGCGGUGAAGGAUCAGGAGGAAGUGGCCGCGUUCUCGGGGGUCUUGGCGACGGCCUUGCGGGAGCUGUUGUCGUCCACCCUCGGCGUGCCGGAGGAGAGGCUUGGGGAGGCGCCUCUGCCGGAGCUGGUGCGGGCGUUGCAGCGGGAGUGGGAGGCGUUGCUUGAGGGACUGUCGACGAUGCAGGAGGAGGUUAACCUCGCUCGCCAACAGGCGAGAGACUUGGCCGCUUCUGCCUCCUCGGAGGCUAGACCAGCAGCGCCGCGGGCAGGAGAGGCAGCGGUAGCGGAGAGACUGGCCAAGGCAGAGCGGCGCGCAGCCGAGCUGGAGGCCGCGUUGGCGGAAGCCGCCCGCGCGGAGGCGGGAGUGAGGGCAGAGGCGAAGGCUGCGGCGUUGGAGGCGGAAGACGCGCUCAAGACUUCCGAGCGCGAACGCGCCGAGGCCACAGCGCGUCUCGCCACUGCUCUCCGAGACAUCGCCGAGGAGCGCGCCGGGGCCGCUGCCGCCGCCGCUGCCCAGGGGGAGGCGGCAUCCAGGCGCUCGCUCGAGGAGGCGAAGGCGGCGACGAGGAGGCAGGGUGAGCGCGAGGCCUCGGCGGAGGAGGAGCGGGUGAGCCGGGCGGCGCGGCGGCGGGCGGAGGCGGCCGAGAGGCGGGUGCGGGAGUUGGAGGGGGAGUUGGCUGCGGUGGCGGCUGCCGCCGCCGGGGCGGACGGGGAAAGGGAGAAAGGGCGGGAGGAGGGGCGGCGAGAGGCUCAGCAGAGGGUGGAAGCUCUGGAAGCAGCUCUGGAGAAGCUGGCGGAGGCUGGAUCAGAGGCCGAGGCGCUGUCGAAAGAGCAGCUCGAGAUCACCAGACAGCUGUCGGCCGAGCGCGACGAGCUGGUGGAGGAGAACGAGAGGUUGUCCACCAGGCUGGACCAGCUCACGACAGCCCUGCAGGAGCAGAGGGAAGAGAAGGGACGCCUCACCAACCAGUUGUUGGACCGCGAGCGUGGGCUGGAGGCGCUGCGAGCACAGAGCGACGUCGAGAGGGUCAAGGCGGCGAGACUGCAGGAAGAGGUCGGCAAGGCCCAGGAAGUCUGCCGGGAAAUGAGCGGCCGGCUCUUGGAGCUGCAAGCGACACAGGACGAGCUGAGAGAUACCCGGCAAGGUCUCGAUCAGGCCUCCAAGGACUUGGAAACCCUCCGUCGGUCCAAGGACAACCUCGCGGGGGGAUGGGACGAGGCGGCCCGGCUACGUGAGCGGCUGGCCGAGGUGGAAGAGCUUUGCGCCGAGCUGUCCGCGAGGGCCAACGCUGCGGAGCCCCUGGCCGAAGAAGAGAGUCGGCGAGCGAGGCAUUUGGAGGCCAGAGUGAACGCUCUGCAGCGCCAGCUUGACGAGGUGCCCAAUGACUUGCUGGUGGCGCACGCGGAGAAAAGGGUCCUCCAGGGGGCGUUGGAACGGGCAAAGAGCGACGCCGCCGAUGUCGAGGCGGCCACCGCGGCAGAGCUGCGGCGAAGGGACGCGGACGCGCGGAACAUGGCCUCGGCCGCGGCUCUCCAGCAGAGGCGGUGCGACGAGCGCUUGCGCGAGCAGGCGCUGACGAUCCACCAGCUCACGCUGGAAGGGUUCAGCGCGGAGGCGGCGGCGACCACACGCGCGCAAGAAGCGCAGCAGCAGCAGCGGUGUCAGCAACGCUGGACCGGGCAGCAGCGGCGAUCACCUCCCUCGAUGAUGACCUACGAUUCAGCGGCGGCGGCGGCGGCGGGUGUGGGAAUGUCGAAGGCGGCGCCCGGGCAGAAGGUUCUCACGGCGCCCCGCCGGGGCUAUUACAGCUACGACGACGGCGGCGACCGUGAGGGGAGAGGCGGCGCUACCACUACUUCUCCCCGUCUGCGAAAUAACGGGACCCCCGACGAGACCACCGACGGAGGAGGCGGCGGCGGCGGCGGCGGCGGCGGCGGAACUCCUGGCGGUGCCGGACCCGACUUUGGCUAUGGCCAUCAUCACUCCUUGAACAACAGCGGCGGCGGCGGCGGCGGCGGCGGCGGUAGUGGCAGCUGCGGGCAGAAGGCGUGGGCGGGGCAUUCCUUGGACUCGGAAUAUCCCCCCCGACAACGGCGCUCCUCCGUGGCGGCGAGAGGGGGUCACGUAUACUGUCACGACGGCGGCACCCCUGGCGAACACCCGCAGCGCACCCGGGCAAGAACCGAGGACGAGGGAGAGAGGACGACGACGAUUAGUUGUUUCGCGUCGUUUCCUGGACCGGAAUUCAGGGCAACCCAGGCUGGGUUUGCACAGCAGCGCGAUGGUUAGCUGGGGCAGCGAGCGAGAGAAUGGUGUUAGUUCUGGCCGUGUAGGGGAGGUGGUACCAGAGGGAAAGGCGGUCUCUCUCGGUGUGAAAAACAAAGCGUUUCACACGGAAGGUAUACCUCCGACACAGGGCUUUGUAGUCUUAUUUUGUGGGGGAGCCACGCCGGCUUUCGAAGCGUUGCGUCAAUACGAGGGCCUAUAUUGUGCCGAGGUGUGUCCCGAGGUUUUACCGGCGCUAUAUCGGGCAUCGGCACUUCUGUAUUUUCUUUUCUUUUUUCUCCCAU